ACCCCCCCCCUAAAGAAAAUCCUUAAUCCGUCACUGGGCAUAGAUAAAAUUCUCACGGGAUAACAGCGGUAGCGCACGCACGCACAGAUCGUUAUGGAAACGGUACGCGUGCGCAACAACAACACGAUAAGCCGGCGGACGAGUGGUCCAAUGGUAAAGAUUGAAAAAUUCAAAACGUGUUUUAUGCCCGUUGUGCGGUUCGAACGCGGGCGCGUGUCACAUGCUACCCGAACAGGAGACGAGCGGCGGCGGUGCGUCGGAAUUCCGCGUACGCGCGCGCUUCUACGCGAUCCGGCAGGUGGACGGCGAACGGGCGUACGACUGGUACAGGCGCGCGAGGACCGCCGCGGUCCCAUGCGGCUUCCCGGACGACCGGCCGGUGGCUGACAAGUUCGUGACGGGAUUGCGCCCGGGACCGGUGGCCGACCGACUGCUCGGCGAGCGCGCGGACGGCCGGCUGGUGGACCUGGUGGCCGCGGCGGUACGCGCUGAAGGGACGGCUGCGGUGUGGCAAUCGACCGCGACCACUGCUCCUCCGCUCUUUCCCACCGAUCAACCGGCGCCGUCGCUCAAGACUGACCACGUGCUCGACGAGAUACGGGAAGUGUUGAAGUUUUACCGGUACGGCGACGAAGCCGUGGGCCGUGCGACACCAACGGGCAGCGGAGAUCAUCAUCCGAGUCUUGUUAAUCAUCAUAAUUGUGAUUCUUCACUAUCUGCAUAUGAUGUAAACACGUUAAUCGAUGAUACGAGUAGUACGACUACGCUUGAUGGAAAUGCGUGGUGGAAGAACAGAAUUGAAAAAAAUCCCAGACAACACGAGACGACCGAGAUUAAAAAUAAAUAUUCUCCGUUAACGUGCAAGAGUUGUUGCAAUUUAGCUACGACUUUGUUAGAUAGUUUUUGCAUAAAUACCCCUUCAUUAUUUCCUCAACCAUUGUCGAAUACGUAUGAAAACUCUGAAAAAUACUUUGGUAAAGAUCAAGAUCACGACUAUUCCAAUUGUUAUUGUUCGUCUUCAACAAGUGACGAAUACAAAGAAAUUGAUUAUAGAACGACGAGUAAAAGUGUGAAGACUAGUAGCCCAAAUUCGAAACGAUUUGGUUGCCCAAAUAAAAUGCAGUGUUGUGUUUGUGACAGUAAUGACAAAAGCUUUUCACAAUAA